GUCAAGUGCAAAGGUCACGCAGAGGUAUGGGUUUGUGCAGUUAGUACCUGCAGAAGCCAGGCAGCAUGUGAUGAAGCGGCGGUUAAUACUGGAGCGGAAGGACUCUGAGGACGACGGUUUGCUCUGUAGAUGCUGGGAUGGUUUUCCUCAGACGGAGGCGGCUGCUUCGCUACCUGCUGCUGUCCACCACGCUGGCUCUGCUCCUCCUAAUCAGCUCCUUUUGGCUGCCUCAGGGCGAACAAGGAAACUGCGGCUCACUCUGGCAGCCAUGUUUGAAUAACUUCCGCCAAACGCCUUUGGAUCCUCCCGUCCUGGCUGAAUGGCUGCAGACAGAAGAAGAAGAAGCGGUCUUCAUAAAGGAAUGUCCUGGACAGACGUUUCAGGCCAGGAAGCUGCUGCUUUAUCUCAGAUCCAGCUUGGCUGAAGAUGGCGAGGACAUCCUGCUGGAGCCAUACCUGCUUAGCUGGGAUCAGCUUCUCAACUUCAUGGAGUCUCUGGGAACAAUGGUCAGUUUAUUUUCUCAGAAAGUGAAAGAAAAGACCGAACUGAUUCGAGAGCUCUCCCUGAAACAUGGUUUAGAGUUUCAAAGGGAAUCAGCGGGUUCCUCUGGACUACAGGCCACAGCAGCAUUUGGAUCAAAGACCGGGGUGUACCGAUCUGUUCGAUCCAUGGUGGAGGGGGAGCUUAAAGCGGGCCAGGUCAACUUCUCCUAUCGCACGGAUUCAGGCUGCAGAACUCUGCUGCGGCUGCAUCGAUCCCUGCUCUGGCUGAAGAUGAUGUUAGAGGGUUUGUCUAAAGGACCAGACUCUGAGGGACGAUACAAAACGCCUGGAGAGCUCAGCAGAGAUGCCUAUAAGGUGGCGCUGGCCCCCCACCACCCCUGGAUGCUCCGUCAGGCGGCGGAGAUCGUUUUCCUCGCUCUUCCCGACAGAGAGUACUUCCUGCAGCUGGUGUGUGUGAAAAAACAGGAGGAGGCCACGCCUGUGCUGCGCAUCAUCAUCCAAGCCCUUUCGGUAGUGCACACACGGACUCAACGGAUCCUUAAGAAGUACGACAUGUUGGAGCUGCCCUGAACACGACACGGCCCCCUCUGAAGACUGAAACAUCCUGUCACUACUCAGCAAGAAAGACAAUAGAGACUUUAGAAAUACUGGUGGUCUGGAAUAAAAGAUAUUUAAUGCUUUUUUAUGUUGAUGGUACAAAAAUGCAAGUUUUUAAUGAGGGGUAAUUUAUUAACUACUGUUUUUAACAGCAGUAACAUAUGUAAGAUUUAAUUUUAUCUUUAAUUAUUAGCGGGUCUCUGCCUUUUAGCUAGUUAUUCUAAUUAUAUGGUAUGCCCUCGGGGAUAAAAUAACAUUUAGGUAGACACCAAAUACUUUGGAAGAUCCAAGUCUUGGUUACUAUGGUUACCUAUUGUAUUUUGGAGGAGCAGAUGGAGAAGCAACUGAGACAAUUCUUGUAUCUAGACUUCCUAACCAAGCAGUAAACCUUGUCCUGACCACGCUCA